CAGUUCGUUUCCAGCACACACGACCUGUCGGCCAGCCUCCUUGGCGAUCCUAACUAGUCCGACCACGUCCUCCUCCGUCGCCGAGAUCCCGAUCUCGAUCCCCAUCGCGCCAUGGCCGCCACCUCCUCCCCCACGUCUCCGCCGGCGGCGGCGACCGACUCCGCCGCGCCAGGCCUCCCCGAUCUCUCGGUCCCGUACGACCUGGCCACGCGGGGGCAGUGGCAGGCGCUACUCUCCCACCUCUCCCACCUCUCCCACCCCUCUCACGCGCCGCAUCCGCACCACCGCCUCCUCCUCUCCGCGCUCUCCGCCCUCUCCCUCGCCAAGCUCCGCCGCUUCCCCGACGCCGCAGCUCUCCUCGCUUCCCUCCACCCGGACCCCGCCUGCCCGCCGCCGCCCUUCCUCAUCCGCCUCCUCCACGCCCUCCUCCCGCUCUUCCUCCCCGACCGCCCCCUCGCGCUCGACCGCCUCUACACUCUCCUCUCCUCCGUCCGCACCCGCCGCGACGCCAGCCACCCCGAGUGGCGCCGCCGCGACGCGCUCGUUGCGUCCCUCCUCGCCGCCGACCACCUCGCUCACCGCGAGUUCGACGUCGCGCUCGCGCUCCUCGCCGACAUCGCCGCCCGCGAGCCGGGCAACCCGGUCCUCCUCUCCCGCCUCGCAUAUGCGCACCUCCAGAUCGGUAACCUCGCCGUGGCCUCCGCCGCCUUCCGCCACGUGGAUUCAGUGGCCGCUGCGGCUGACGACCCCGCGCAGUACGCCAACCUCCUCGCUCGCAACCGCGCGCUCGAGUGCGUCGUGGCCAAGGACUACGCGGCGGCGGUGCGGGAGUACGAGCGCUGCAUCGAGGCCGACCCCGCGGACGCGGUGGCGCUGAACAACAAGGCGCUGUGCCUCAUGUACUCGCGGGACCUCGGCGACGCCAUCAAGGUGCUCGAGGGCGCGCUCGAGAGGGUGCCUACAGCGGCGCUCAACGAGACGGUGGUGGUCAACCUGUGCAGCAUGUACGAGCUCGCCUUCGUCAACCACGGCGAGGUCAAGAGGAGCCUCGCCGAGUGGAUGGCCAGGGUUGCGCCCGACGACUUCGACACCUCCUGCACGCGCAUGUAGGAGGCACUGGUAUUGAAAUUUAGCUUUGGGCUAUUGGACACCUACUGCUAUAGUUGCUCUGUGGCACAUACUGAACUUGAUUGUCCAUACUCCGAUGACAUUUAACUGAUUUCUUUGGUAACAAUUGAAGUUGUGAGGUGAUCAGAGAAAAUUGUAUUCAAAAGAAAGAGUAAAUUGUAUUCAAAAGAAAGAGUAAAUUUUACUAGAAGACCACAUGUUAUUAUGAUCACAGUUUUAGAGAACCGAGAACCCCAGUUUUUCUUUGCUAAUGGUCAUGAGGUUUCUCAAAACUUUCAUCCACCUCUAGAAAUCACACCAUGCUGACAAUUUAGGCAGUUCGGCUGGUUGCAGCUGGCAUGCCGACACCGGAUUUCAUGCAGAACUUGGUGGAUAGAAAUACGCGACUUGACGGUGAGUGCUUGCACAAAGCAGCCCCCUUUCCAAAUGAAGUAUUGCGACAUGCUGGGCGUGUGCGCAUGCAGAACCAACGGAAGGUAUGUUUUAGAAGGAGAAAAGACUGGUGCUAAUUGUGGUGAAUGGUAGCAAGGGUUGUGUCUUUCUACUUUAGUCUGGGAUGGAGUAUGAUGUUCUGUUGUCUUGUGAUUCUGAGUUUCUGACACUGAGUUUUCGUCGUUCGGGUUUGAGCUGGUAGCAAUGCUUCUGCUUGAGGAUGCACUAAUACUAGUUUUUAUGAGCAUUUAGUGAAGAAUGAAGAUAUGUAGCUGUUCAAGCAGGUUUGUUUGUAAGAUGAUGUACAUGUAUGUGAAUGUGUGGGAAUUUGUGGCAGCACUUGCCUUUUCCUUUUUUUGUCCAA